GCCAGAAGCUAGGGGACAUGAUAUUUCAUUUUUAUUAUGGAACAAAUUGCCUCAUAAACACGCGAGAUUAAAAAAAAAAAACAAAAACAAAAAUUUAUUCCACCAAAAGAAAGAAAAAAAAACAAAAACUAUAUAAUCGGAUCUCUCUCUAGUCGAAACAACUUCAGAAAUCUGAAAAAAAAAAGGGGAGAAAUGGCGAGUGGUGGAAAAGUGUCUUUCAAGGUCACUCUUACCUCCGAUCCAAAGCUCCCUUUCAAAGUGUUUAGCGUUCCUGAAGCGGCCCCUUUUACAGCUGUGUUGAAAUUCGCAGCCGAGGAAUUCAAAGUCCCUCCCCAAACCAGCGCUAUCAUCACCAACGAUGGCGUGGGAAUCAAUCCUCAGCAAAGUGCAGGAAAUGUCUUCCUCAAACAUGGUUCUGAACUUCGCCUGAUUCCCCGCGACAGGGUGGGAGCCUUUUGAAUGCUGAAAACUUCAUUUGUUAUCAGAUUGAGAAGACUAGUUAUCACCUGCUUAAUUAUGGAUCCAUUUUCUUAGUAUGUUUGUACAUUUACUCUUAAGUGUAGAACAGAGCUGAUAACAUCUACUUUUCAAAUUUAAAGAUAAAACCUUAAAUU